AUGUUGACUGACCGUUUUCAGUUCUUCUUCUGUAGUGACCCAGGAGACUUGAGACCAUCAGCGCCAUCUAGACCUCUGGUGCCUGACCUUCUCUCUCACAGACUGGUCAGAAGAAGCCCAGAGAGACAUGUUGUCUCCACCGCUACGUCCAAGUCCCUGCUGACUGACAGAGGGGGCAGUGGUGUAGUCUGGACACGGCUGCAGGAUGUUUUGUCAUCACUGGAGGACUCCAUCAGCUGUAGAAGGACCUGGUCCGCUCCCAUCACAGCUUCUGACCAAGACAAACACAGAGAGCACCUCAGAGCGGCCCAGGAGAGCUGGCUGAAGUCCAGCCAGAUACUGGAGGAGAUGGAGAGAGAGUUUGGAAUAUCAUGUCAGUCCAUCUUGUUAAGGGACCAGAGUCGGCGGGACAACGUGGACGUGGACAAAUCUGACCCCGCCCUGAGGAACACCUCACAGUGCCAGCAGGAAGAUCUGGGACGAGCACAGAACACGAUCAGUCUGAUGGAAGAGGAAAAAUACAAGUUCAUGGGUCUCCAUAGGUCAUGGAGGUCAGGCAGUCGCUCCCCCUCAUACCGACCCCCCACCGCUGGAUCUUUCAGUUCAGAUGUGGGCUCUCCUCCGUUCCCUGGUUCUCCUUUACUCCACAGGAGAUCAAGCAGAGGUUUAACACCUCUGUCUCCUGUAGGAGACGUGUCUCCGCUGGGCUCCGUGAACUCAGACAGUCCUUGUCCCAGUCCCAUCAGUGCAGAGCCUGAGACUGAGAGACUGAACAGGUACGUGGAGAGGCUGAAGGCCAGAAAUGAGCGUCUGACCGCAGCGCUGGAGAGGAGGAAGGCAGAGUGUGAGCAGCUGACCUACACUCUGCACAGACUGGAGGCUGACUGCUCUGGCCUGCAGAGGGCUCUCAAGUACAGCGAGGACUGUGAGGAGGCCUACAGCCAGCUCCUGUCACUUUACGAGGCCAAGACGCAGCAGAACAUUCCUCUGCCCUCGGACCCAGCAGGGGCAGCGGGAGAGGAGCAGCAGCCUGACCAUCCAUCAUCAGAGGAACUGUCCACCUCCUUCUCAACAGCAGGGGUCACAGAAGAGACAGAAGAACAGAGUUAUUCAGGGCAGAGGGCAACAGAGUUGGAGGACAGAGAGGCUGCUCUUCGUCAUCAGAUUGACCGCCUGAAAAUGGAGCGCGCAGCCAUUUAUCUCCCUAAAGUGAGCCCAGGAGUGGAGAACAAAGUCAGCCCUGAGACUGGACAGCCCGCUGGGUCCAAAGGAGGACAUGUGACUAAAGAUAACAUCAGACCUCUGGAUGCAAAGAAAGAAAAGACCUCUCUCUUCUAUGAACUCAUUUCAGUCAGGGAGGAAAUGUCAGAUCUGCGAUCUCUGAUCCGUCUCAAGGAGAAAGAGCUGCGGUGCCUGGAGUGGAGUCUGAUGGCACAGAAAGCCCAAGAAGCAGCAGGAGUUUUUGUCCCAGAAAGUCUCAGAGAGGAGCUUGAGGACAGUAAGAGUGAACAACAGAGGUUUGAUGUCACAGAUGGAGACGGUGCUGAGGCUCGGACCAGACCCAUCCUGAAAGAUCUCCAGGCAGUUCUGCAAAGGGAACAGGCCCUGAAGAAGAGAUUGGCUUUGGUCCAUGACUCAAUAAACACAGUUCUUCCAGACAGUUCUUCACAGAGAAAGGACAGCGGAGACCAGAUGGCCCGUCUGGCACAAGCCCACAGCAAAGCCUUAAACUCAUACAGGCAGAUACGGAGGAAGUACCGGGAGCAGGUGUGGAGGCUGGAGCAGAAGGUGGCCGCCAUGACAGACCGUCAACACCAGGGUGCAGCACCAAAAACAGCAGGAGAGGCUGUGGAGUGGAGGAGAGAAGAGACCGUUCUCUGAAUCUGUGACCUCUGAGUCGGUCUACAGUUAAACACCCAGACGUACAGUAUAGUCGGAUUACUUUCAUAUGUAUUUCCAGCUGUACAUAACGGACCAUUUACCAAGCCCCGCCCCGCCUCUUUGUCACUGCUGCUCAGGUCCAUUAAACAUUUAGGAGUUAACAUGGCACUUCCACUUUGCUUGCUUGUUUGCCCAUCUCAUCAGGCUUAUCUAAGUCCUUGACCUCUGGACAGCCAAGACUAUCAGCAGUGUGUGUGUGUGUGUGUGUGUGUGUGUGUCAACCCACCUCCACCCCUGAUCUGACCUAAGGCCACAGCCUGUUACAAACCUACAGUAUGCGCUGGAAAAAAAGUGAAACCAAAGUGGAGUGGAGACCUGGAUCACUGAGGCAGACGGAGCAGAGAAAGAUGUUCGUCUUUAAUUUAACAGGAUAUGAUCUGAACUACGGGGACGUACUAUAUAUGUAGGUUCAUACUAAUGCAGAACAGAUAGAUAAAGAAGAUAAAGAAAAGUCCAUUGAAAACAUGUGUGAGCUGAGAGAGCCUUGGCUGUGAUUGGUCAGUCUGCAAUUUGUGGGUGGGACUUAUGAUCAUUUAAUUCCUUGUUUAAAUAAUAUGGAAAUAUACUGUAUAUAAAUGAUGAUAAUGCAAAUUAUUGUUACAUUUAUUAAUACAUUGUAAACAUAAAACACAAAAUGUUGUUAAUUACUGUCCAGAAAAUUAAAUGCUAAGCAAGAAAAAAAAAGGUUUGACAAAAAUAAAGGGUUGAUAUUGUUA